AUGCUCUGCAGCUUCGUGGACGUGCAGGGCGACCUCUACUACUGCCCGCUCGCCGAGUUUAGCUCGGCGUAUGCGACACCCCGCCUCGAGGGCGCGCUUGUCGUCGCCGAGCCCAUCUCGGGCGCGACGCCACUGCGCAACGCUAGGGCCGUCGCUGGCAAGAUCGUGCUCAUGCAGCGGGGCACGUGUGACUUUGUGACCAAGACGCUGCACGCCCAGAACGCGGGUGCCAUUGGCCUCAUUGUAGCCAACACAGACGAGGAGAACCCGCAGCUGGCCUUUGUCAUGGACGCCGGCCUCCAGCGUGCGGCCCUCCGGUCGCGCAUUCCGGCGGUCAUGGCACCCUUCGAGACGGCGCAGUACCUCUUGGAUCUGCUUGGCGAUUCGGACGCAAUGAGCCUGCGUAUUGCCAUCGUGCUAUUAAGCGCCGCCGAGGCCUCGACGGUCCUUGACGCACAGGCAUCCGAAAAGCGGCGGCAGCUCGCCGAGGCUGAAGCGCUCCUCAAGCAGCAAGACCGCGAGCGCCAGCAGCGUGAGGCCACGCUAUUACUGCGCAGUCGGCUCGCCAAAGAAGCGAGUAUGACCAAGUUUGUGUCGCCCGAGCCAUCGACAAUGCCGGCACUGCUGUGCGAGGCGGUGCCCCUGCCAUCCGCGGUCGCAGUGGCGGUCGGGACGCCGCACCUCGACACGAAAUGCAUUUCGCCACGCGCAGCACCGCGCUUUGACACCAAACCCGACGCGAUGACGGCAGCGUCGUCCCUCGGGCUCCUCGUCCUCGACAUGCAGUACUACUGCGCCAUGCCACACGUGGGCAAGUUUGCCAACCAGGAGAGUUUAAACGCGUAUUACUUUGACCGGCUGCGAAAGGUCGUCGUGCCCAACGUCCAGCGCCUUCUCGGAGCCUUCCGGGAUCGCAACUACGACAUCCUCUACGGCACGAUCGAGAGCGCCACCAAAACCGGCCGCGAUAGAAGCAAGGCGCACAAGAUCGCGGGCAUUCACGUGCCCCGGGGCAGCUUCGAGGCCAAGGUGCUCGACGACGUUGCGCCGCUCGAAGCCGACGUGGUCGUGCCCCGCACGGCGGUCAGCAUUUUUGGCGCGACCAACGUCGACUACCUCUUGCGGAACCUCGGCGUCCAGUGCGUCGUUGUCACGGGCGUCUCGACGCUCGGGAGCCUCGAAGCUGCGGUGCGCGGCGCCAUGGACCGCGGGUAUAGCACCAUCGUCCUCGAAGACGCGAUCGCGUUCGAGACAAGCGACGAACACGACGCCAUCAUGCGCGCGAUGGACCGCAUGGGCGCUGGCUACAUGGCGUCGACGUCCGAGUUCGUUGACAGCUUGUAA